AGUGAAAGUGUGAUUUACGGGCAGCAAUGCGCUCCAUACAAACCGGAAGAGACGAAAAACACUUUCACUUUAAAUUAGAUCCGGUCACGGCGCUUUUCGAAAAUGCAAAUGAAAAAAAAAAAUAAUAAAUAAAAUUGAUAGGUUAUAUAUAUAUAUUUUUUUUAACAUUUUCUUUGUAGAAUGUUUUGGUGUUUUGUGUUUAAUAUUUUAUUGUUUCACUCUUUUCUUAGCGAUGCGCUGCGAGAGAAACAUUGCCUGCACUUUAAGUUCACAGCUCUUUCCAGAGCAAACACACUCCCAGAGUUCAGUGCUGAGGCUGUUGCUGACAGCAGACGGAUCGUUUAUUACAAUAAUAAAGAUCAGUUCUGGGAAAGAUUGAGAUUGACUGAAGAUGACUGGACCAAAUCUCCUGCUCUACCACCUGAGUCUAGAGACUGGUUCCUACAUCAGAUGAAGACUCUGUCAAACUGCACAGACUCACAGUGUUCUGAGCUCCAUGUUCUCCAGAGAAAAACUGGAUGUGAGCUGGAGAAACUUCCUGAUGGAUCAGUGAAUCUGACUGUCUUUGAUGAAUAUGGAUUUGAUGGAGAAGAUUUUAUUGCCUUUAAUUAUGACACUCUGCAGUGGAUUGAUAAAAACCCCAAAGCUAAAGAAACCAAAAUCAAAUGGGAUCAGCAAACAGAACGCAAUGAACUCCUGCAGCAUCACCUCAAGAAAUGCAUGAACUGGAUCUCCACAUUUAACAACAUGAAAAAGACUCCACCAGAUGUUCAUGUGUUUGUGAGGAAAGCUCCUGAUGAUCAAAAUAAGCAGAAUCUGAGCUGUCUGGCCACUGGUUUCUACCCCAGAGAUAUCAAGAUGAACAUCAGAUUGUACAGAAUUAUAGUUAAGAACCAAACAUUUACUGAAAUCAGACCUAAUGGUGAUGGAUCCUUUCAGAUGAGAUCCAGUGUGGAGAUCGACACAAACCACAAAGAGUUUUAUGACUGUUCUGUCAUUCACAGCAGUUUGACAGAACCAACUGUAGUAGAAUGGGAGAAACAUUACCUGCACUUCAAGUUUACAGCCCUUUCUAAAGCAAACACACUCCCAGAGUUCAGUGCUGAGGCUGUUGCUGACGGCAGACGGAUCGUUCACUACAAUAAUAAAGAUAAAUCCUGGGUAAGAGAGAGUCUGACUGAAGAUGACUGGACCAAAUCUCCUGCUCUACCACCUGAUUCUAGAGACUGGUUCCUCCAUCAGAUGAAGACUCUGUCAAACUGCACAGACUCACAGUGUUCUGAGCUCCAUGUGCUCCAGAGAAAAUCUGGUUGUCAACUGAAGAAAUUUAAUGGAACAGUGACGAGUCUGAGAGCAUUUGAUGAAUAUGGAUUUGAUGGAGAGGAUUUUAUUGCCUUUAAUUAUGACACUCUGCAGUGGAUUGAUAAAAACCCCAAAGCCAAAGAAACCAAAAUUAAAUGGGAUCAGGAAACAGAACGCAAUGAACUCCUGCAGCAUCACCUCAAGACCUGCAUGGACUGGAUCUCCAUAUUUAACAACACAAAAAAGACUCCACCAGAUGUUCAUGUGUUUGUGAGGAAAGCUCCUGAUGAUCAAAAUAAGCAGAAUCUGAGCUGUCUGGUCACUGGUUUCUACCCCAGAGAUAUCAAGAUGAACAUCAGAUUGUACAGAAUUUUAAUUAAGAACCAAACAUUUACUGAAAUCAGACCUAAUGGUGAUGGAUCCUUUCAGAUGAGAUCCAGUGUGGAGAUCGACACAAACCACAAAGAGUUUUAUGACUGUUUUGUCAUUCACAGCAGUCUGACAGAACCAAUUGUAAUAGAAUGGGAUGGAAAUGGUGGUGACUGUGAAAAAGAAUCUCAGUGGGCUUUAAAAGCAGUAUUAAUAAUAUUUUCAAUUCUAGUUCUCAUUGUGAUUUGUUACUGCAUCUACCGAAGGAAAAGGUCAAACGGUGAGUUAUAA